CAUGCAAGACUGAGGCUCCACAUCCUCUGCAAAAUAAGCUUAUUUAACACAUGUCGUUUUGAGACGAACAAUUCUAAGAAGUGUCAAGAUGAGGAUGUAUACCUGAAAAAUUAAAUACGAGCAGGCAAAAUGGGAGCGACUUGAAGGUGGCAUUCAUUGCAGCUUCGCACACCUAAAUACAAGUUUUUACUGACACUACAGUUGAAGUCGACACAUCCAUUUAAGUGUGUCACUGAACAAGAAUCAGCCCUUCCGGCAUCUGGAAGAAAAUCAGCUCUGGAGAAAUGGAAUUAAGGUCCAAGGAUGAACAUUCAUUGUUAAAAGAAAACAAAUGGAGCUAAAAUUCUACUACCUUCCAACCUGUAAGAGGAAACACUAUCGAUGCUGACUGAUAAAAAGGUUUUAUUAUAGAAAUGCAAGUAUCAUUAUGGUAAAAAGAUUUUUACACGAUCUUAAGGCAUACAGGAACUUAAAAUUCUCUCAUUUGCAAUGUAUAUAGUGUCCUAUAAAAAAAGUUUAAAAAAAAAUUACUUCUCGUACUGUUACAUUGCAGUCAAUUUCAAACUAAAUUAACUUGGAUUCCAACAAAUUUUAAAUUUCCUCUACAAAGAGUAAAUCUUUUUCCAUUUAAAAUGAUUACUAUGAACUUCUUUGGAAACAUCAAAAAUCUAACUUUUUUGGCAUCACUACCAAACUGUGACUACUGAUAUCUUUUCUGCAGAUAUUUGAACCAUGGAAACUUACUCAGCCUCGAUAUCACCUGUUAUAUGUAACAGCACAACUUUUAACCUAAAUGGAUCACAUUUGUGUAAUGAAAGUAUAUCUUCUAGACUGGCUGAUAAAUCAGAACACCAACAAUAUGUUAUUGGACUGUUCUUGUCAUGCCUUUAUACAAUAUUCCUUUUUCCUAUUGGUUUUGUAGGAAACAUUCUGAUACUGGUUGUAAACAUAAGCUUUCGUGAAAAAAUGACUAUUCCAGACCUUUACUUUGUAAAUCUUGCAGUAGCUGAUCUCAUUUUAGUUGCUGAUUCCCUCAUUGAGGUUUUUAAUCUUGAUGAGAAGUAUUAUGAUAUCACUAUUAUUUGUACCUUUAUGUCUUUGUUUCUUCAGAUCAACAUGUAUAGCAGCAUUUUCUUUCUGACUUGGAUGAGCUUUGACAGAUACAUAGCACUGGCAAAAGUAAUGAGGUCCAACAUAUUUCGCACUAUGCAACACGCUAGAUUAAGCUGUGGUCUCAUAUGGAUGGCGUCUAUUUCUGCAGCACUAGUUCCAUUUACAGCCGUGCAUUUGCAACACACUGGAGAGGUCCAUUUUUGUUUUGCAGAUGUAAAAGAAAUUCAGUGGCUAGAAAUAACCUUGGGGUUUAUCAUUCCCUUUGUGAUCAUCGGUCUUUGUUACUCAUUAAUUGUUCGAGUUCUUGUAAAAGCACACAAACAUAGGAGUCUUCGUCUGCGGCGACAAAAGGCUCUUCGAAUGAUUUUUGUUGUUGUCUUGGUUUUCUUUAUCUGCUGGUUACCUGAAAACGUCUUCAUUAGUGUUCAGCUUCUUCAAAAGAAAAGCGAACCUGUCUCUUCAAGCAGCCCAUCUUUCAGACAUGAUUAUCCUUUAACAGGACAUAUUGUGAACCUAGCAGCUUUUUCUAAUAGCUGUUUGAACCCCUUAAUUUACAGUUUUCUAGGUGAAACCUUCAGAGACAAACUGCGACUGUAUAUUGAACAGAAAACUAAAAUGUCAACGUUAAAUCGCUUUUGUCAGGCUGCGUUAACGUCUGUCAUUCCUGACAGUAAUGAGCAAUCGGAAGUCUGACUUAGUACUGGUCGUAUAAAACAUAUGACUGAAAUUGUGCAAACAACGAACAAAACGCUUGCUACUAACAGAAAAAUGUGUGUUUGUGUGUAUAUAUUAUAUUGCCCUUCUGAGUAUUGAAGAUUUAUAUUCCAAAUGUUUUUAUGACAAGACUUUAAUGUAGAAGAAUACGUUUUAGUCAUAUUUGUAUUUAAUUAUGAGCAGGAUUAUUAAAAGCUGAGCACUGAUGGAGCUUUAUUUUGUAUUAUACAUGUAUGAAUGAUAACAUAGCAGAAAAUUUCAUCAGGUUAGGAAGACUCUGGAUAUAAUUUGAUUAUCAGAGAUGCUACUUUGCUGCCAUAUAAGGUACUUCCACUUAAAUAAUGAAGCUGCCAUGAUAGUGGAAAAAAAUUAUUACAAUGUAUUGAUGUGGAAAUGCAGAAAACAUUGAUUUUUCAUCCAAAUAUGUUAAGUUAAAUGACUUUGCUUAGAAGAACUCUGCAGUACAUUCUAUUCUAGCACGUCUUCUACAAUUAACUUUUUUUUAAAUCUUAAUAUAAUAUAGAAUGAUGGUGAGCUUUCUCCUCAUAAAUGUAAUCUACCAGUGCAUCAGCGCUUGAUCAAAACUGAAAUCAUCAUCUAUAAGUUCUUUGAGGUGAGCAAUAUAGUUAACAGAAGCAAAAUCUAAUACUUCAUUUUGUUUUUUAAGGAUUGCCCAAGACAAUCUUUCCCAGGAUGGACAUAAUUGGGCUUUUUGGUAAAAAUGCAAGUGCUCAUACAUGUACAUUCACAUCAGCCUUCAUAUUUAAAUGAAAGUACAUGAGAUAUCUUUACAUUUAGCAUGUCUAUUUUGAUUGCCAGAAUAAAAUACUGUGGCUUUAAAAGAAAUCACCUUCUGCAUAAGACAGUAUAAGAAUUGCUUAUGAAAAUGUCAGAAGUGUCAAUUUGGGGGAUGAAAGAACUUCUGUAAAGGGGAAUGUGAUUAGCUGCCAGAUUUGCACUUUGCACACUAUCCAUCCCACCUCCCCAAACCACUGGAUUUUCAAGAUUUUAGAUGCCUGUUGAUUGCUUUGUUCAUUUUGAAAGACAAGUUAUACUAAGAAAACAGAUUUUAGCACUAUGUAUUUGAGAAUAAUAGUUUCCAAUUUCUACUAGAAAAUAAUAGGGUUUUAAAUCUGAAUGAUGUUUAGCACAGGCCACUGCUGAACUUGUCCAGUGGAUACUAGAUAGAUCCAGGGAUCAGUGUGUAAGACGAUUAAAAUACCACUUACUGUAUCUCUGAAAUGCACAAACUAAUUUCACCUCUGUGUUCACUGAGUUAAUCAUCAGAUCUCUGCACAAUAAGAUGCUUUGUCCUAUUUUCAAAUGUCAUAUAUGGAUUAAUCAAUACAUGAAAGGAUUUUUAAAGGAUUUUUAAAACACAGACACUUAAAAGAAUUAAUGAAGUUGCUAUGCAAUAAAGAAAACAAUGAAAACGGUGAUUCCACUCAUUUCCCAUGAAAUACUUCAAGUUUCUGAGUGGAAACUUUAGCCACAAGAGAAGUGACCAACAAACAGAAAGGCCACAAGAUAACGGGUGAAUUUGAAAUAAAUAUCUAGAUAUUCCUGAAGCUGACAGAAACAAGAGCCAUAGGGUGGAGUUUGCUGCAAGUACUGAUUAUUUGCAAGUGACCAUUAAUCACAAUCCAAGAAAAGAUUUCAUUUAGUCACAUCUCUCCUGUAAAAAACUGAGUAUGUCUUCUCUCAAGAAAGAUGUAAGGAUUACUUUCACUGUGUAGGACACAUUGAUAAACUAUUCUGCUACAAUACAUGUAGCCUUUUUCCCCCUCAUUAUUUUCAUAUUUGGAAUUAACCACAACUACUCACAUGCUAUCAACUGCCAGUGUACAUUAAUUUCACCUUGAAAUAUUGGUAUUUCAGCCAACACAGAAUUGAAGGAAUGGGUGAUCCUUUCAGUGAUGCGAUUCCAUGAAAUAAGAGAUUUUCUGAGCGUACAAAUAUACUUGCCUGUACAAUCUUGACACUUGCCAUGAAUAAAGUAACUUAUUUAGGGGUCACAGGAAUACAAUUUCCCAAUUUUAGUUGUUGCCCACUUUGUUUUUAUAGGAGUAAACUCUUCCCACCUGCUUCAAAUAUAAAAAUAUUUUUUUGAGCAAAAGUAUGUUGGAAGAAUGUCAUUUCAUCACCAUUAUAUAGGUAACAAAUCAAGAAAGUGCCUAUGUUCAGAAACUGAACAUAAUAACCACAUAUUAAUAGCACAUAUCUGCUCACACAUUAUUUCAUAGUACUGUUUCUACAGUAUCAUAUUCAGUAAUAUCCUGGUAUCACAGUGAAACCUAGGAAAGAUCAGAUUACUAUAAUACGAAGAACGCAAUAUUUAACUACUCAAUUUGAAACAACCUAUUACAAAUUUAAAACAAAACUACAAAUAUGAGCUAUUUGAUGAGUUUCCUACUGCUAAUAUUUUGGUUUUAUAUCUAAGUACAGGCUUAUGAACUGUAGCUCAAAUAAUUAAA